UCUAUCAUACAUCGAUCGGUUCAAGAUGAGAUCGAUCGAUUAGAUGCGGGUGUGAUGUGAUGAGUGUAAACGUUACAUGCUAAGAUUUUUUCAUUCCAAAACGCCUAGCAACAUCUAGUCUCUAGUAGUGGGUCAGGUCCGAGGUUGUUAACCGAGGUAAUGAAUGGGAAUCUGGUGUUCAGGUCCGACGACUUAGCUGCUCCCCAUUCGUGAGAAAUAAUGCACUUUUACAGGUAAACGUUGAAAAAGUGCUUUGAAAUAUGGUAAACUCGAUCCAGUCUUCCCAAACCGGAGCAAGGAAAUGUUCUCAUGGCAUGGCGGUAGAGUGGGCAAAAAUGCCGGCCGGUUAGACAGUUUUCGUCGAUCGGCCCUGCGUGCCAGUUCGGUAAGCGUGAUGGAUCCCGGGUACGUUCUCAUUGACGAUCACAGCUCGGUCGAAGAUUUGAUCCGACUCAUCUCGAAACGGGCAACGAUCAGUGAACCGUUGAACGUGCUAAAUCUGGAUGACAUCGUGCGCAAGCAUCGUAACUGGCAGCAACAUCUUCCGACCGUGGCCCCUUUCUAUGCGGUGAAAUGUAACAGCCAUCCGGCCAUCUUACGGUUGCUCGUGGCGCUCGGUUGUGGAUUUGAUUGUGCAUCGAAAGUUGAACUGGAAACUGUUCUCGGACUGGGUGUAACGCCUGACCGUAUCGUGUACGCUAAUCCUAACAAAUCCAUCGGUUCCAUCCUGUACGCAAAGCAGACUGCGGUAAAGCGGAUGACGUUCGACGGUUCUGAUGAGUUGGACAAAAUUUCGAAGUAUUUCCCAGAGGCUGAGCUUAUACUGCGGAUUCGGCACGAUGCACGUGUGGCUCAACUGUCCCUGGGUCGAAAGUUUGGUUGUGAUCCGGAUCGAGAUGCAAGAUCACUGUUGUGCCAUGCAAAGGCACUUGGAUUGUGUGUGAUUGGUGUCAGUUUCCAUGUCGGGUCGGGCAGCAUGGAUGCAGAGUGUUUUUACGAAGGCAUCAAAAAGGCGAUCGACAUCUUCGACGUAGGCAAGUUGGUGGGGAUGGAGAUGUGCUUGUUGGACAUUGGUGGCGGAUACCCUGGAGCGGACAGGGAACAUUUCCUUCAGUGUGCACAUCACAUUAGAAAAGCUCUGGAAGAGUUUGUCUGCUCACGGGAUGGAUCGAUAACAGUAAUAGCCGAACCGGGGAGAUAUUAUGUAGAAUCUGCUGUAACUGCGCUGGUGAAUGUCGUUGCCAAAUCGUACGAAAAAAACACCACUGGCGCUUUGGAGCGGGUGAGAUACUACGUUGAUGACGGUCUGUAUGACUCGUUCGAUUGGUGUGAUGCUCAUACCAACAUGCCAGUAGUACAGGAGGAUAAACGUGACUCGGUGUACGUACGAUCGGUGAUCUACGGUCGGACCAUGUGCGAGCAUGAUGUAAUUCGUGAGGAAAUUUUCCUGCCCGAGCAUGAGAUAGGCGAUUGUCUCAUUUUCCCUAACAAAGGCGCGUACGGAAAGCUACUGGGCAGGGGACAUAAUGGUUUUACACCGACCAGCGUGAAGGUGUGCCUAACGAGGGCAACGCUUAAUUAUAUGUGUGCGGCCGCGGUCAAAGCAGCGCGUGGAUGAGCAUGAGCGUGGAAAGCGAUCUGUGUGUAACUGUGUUAGUUAAAGUUGUAAAUGUAAAAUCAUCGAUUAUUUGCCCUGUGACAGGUAGAGUUAAAUGUUCUUCCAAGAAUUAAUUUUAGCCGUUAGUGAUGUAAUAAUACAGAUAAUAAAAUCAGUCUUCCGCCGCACGGUAUGAGAACAUAUAAUGAGUAAAAACCAUUGUUCGUAAAACGUUUGACUACAUUGUAUUAAGGUGAUUGAACAAUAUUCCGAAAAAUGGCGCCCGGCAACUGUAUAAACACGUGCACUGUCACGUGCAUCGUAGCAAAUGCAUGGAAAGUUAAGUGUGCUAAUCGUUUGUUUACAUAGCCAGUGCAAAAAAAAAGUACAAUAGCAUUCAAAUGCUCCAUUCAUUAGCUGAUGAGUGGUAAGGAAUGUUAUGAAUGGAUAACAAGUGUAGCGAAAAGGGCACAAUUUUCACAUUAUUCAUACAUCAGUGAGUGCAUUCAUUUGACGGGAAAUUGAUUUGUAGCAAAAGUGCUGCAACAAUUAACUGGACUGCGGAGAGAUUUGGUUCGGACUGGUUGAUUAUCUUCGACUUUUUUCAUCGACUGUGUGUUGACUGUGUGUGUGUGUGUGAGACGCAGACGAUCUUGGAAAGCUAAUGUAUACGAUAUGUUCAAAAGUCACCUUAUGACCUUGAUACGCAGACGAUCUUGAAAAAUUAAUUUAUGCAACAUGCAUACCUAUUGAUAUUGAUAUCUUAUGACCUUGAUAUGGCGAGACUAUUGAAGGUUGAGAGUUCAACCAGAAGAGGUCAAGGCUCACACUUUCAAACUUUUUAUCUAUCUUAUACACUUCUUCGCACAUCUUUUAGAUGUAUGCUGGACUGACUAUCCUAUUAGUCAAGGAAAACCCAGGAAAACCAGGCAACCCUUUUCAAAAGGACAAAAAGAAGAUAUCAUUCAAAGGGUAAUCACCUAAAAUUUGUUUUUGGAAAGUUUCUGUU